CGGCACCGGCACCGGGGCCGUGCAGAGACCCCCGGCACCGGCACCGCCGACAGAGCCCCGGCACCGCCACCGCAGAGAUCCCCUCCCGGCACCAGGAUCAGCACUGGGACCGCCGAGAGACCCCCGGCCCGGGAGUGUCCCCCCCGCGCCAUGGCGAGCACCGGCGCUCGCAGAGCGGGGACCCGGCGGGGACCGAUGACCUUGGCCGAGGCGGGCCCGGGCACGGAGAACGAGCGGCUGGGGGUGGUCCGGCUCAGCAUGCUGCGGAACCCGCUCAUCAUCAAGCCAGAACUGGGGAAGGCCAAGAGAAACUGCUACCCCCUGCCAGGCCCUGACUUUACCUAUGGGAUGUACAUGCACAAGAUAGAUGGAGGAGUCCCUGAAGCCAUAGGCCACUGGGACGCAGUGAAGGCCAAGCCUCGGAAGAGGGUCAUGCCCCGGGACUUCGUGGCCUUGGGCAGCAGGGCCGUGUCUGAAGGCUGCACCACGGCCCGUGAGUUUGCUCUGUACUACAAAUUCAAGGACAUACGCCAAAUAGACAAGGGGAUCCUCAGAUACGGCGGCAAGGCUCCUCCAGGCAUGACUUUCGGCAGGCCAUCACGGCCUUCCACUCCCAUUUUUGACAUCAUACAACACAGAUACAAGGAGCUGUGGAUGGAGCAGCAGAGAGCCCGAACUGUUGUCCAGCGUGUGGUGAAGAAAAAGCUGAAGCCUGGCGAAGUGCGUGAGAACCUCACCUCGUUCCUGCGCUCGCACCCGCUGCCGGUGAAGAAGGAAUCCUUCUGGCACCUGCAGCGUUUUGAGAAGGCUGAGCCUCGUCUCAGGACUUUUCCAGACCCUGAGUCCCGCAGAAAGGCUCUCAGUGCCUCCCACUGAGGAGGGCCUGCCAGUGGUGCCCUCCCCCAGAGGGUCCCACAGCAGGGACCGUGCUGGGCACAGCCCUUGAACCCUGCCAUUCCACAUGCAAUAGAUUUUCUCUCAGGUUUUACAGAGUUAUGCUAAUGCAGAUAUAGCCAAUAAAUCAUAAAUAUAAGAGGAA